AACACUCUCGAAACACUCUCAAACUAUAUUCAAAGCACCCACACGUUAAUCCAUCCCCCCUUAAAUAAUGCAAAGAGACAUCCAUCAAUCCAAUCGAAGUCCACUAUCAACCUGUUCAACGAGUGGCAAUUACCUUUCCAUCACCUUAUUUCCAUAGGAUAAAAGAAAAAAAAGAGGAUAAUAUAAGAAAGAUGAAAAAUUGACACGUUAAAGCGACACCUGUUAUUAUUAUUAUGGGGAUUCACGCGUACUGGAGACACGCAUAAAGGUUAAUAGAUCGAACGACAGGUUGAAGAAUCAACAUGCAAGAGAUUCAAUUGGACGUAUCGGUGAACUUGGCAGCCUUUUUCUUAAAAAACAUCGGUCUAUGGAUAUCGGACGAUCCUUCCUACGAACGUCGAAGAAAAGUGAUACUUGUAUACACGAUGUGGUGCAUUAUGCUUAGCUCGAUUGUUAUUAGCAGAGAUAUGUAUUUUACGUGGUUUUACAAUGGAGAUAUUCUCUACGUUGUUACCAACGCUUUAAGCAUGAUGAUGAUAACAGUCAAGAUAUGCAUGAUACUAAUGCACAAAGAGGAAUUUAUCAAUCUGAUCGUGUACAUGCAAGAAAAUUUUUGGAACGAUAACUACGAUUUUCACGAGAGGGAAAUUUUGGAAAAUUGCAAGAGAACUUGUGCUUUCUUCGUCUCCUUGGUUACAACGAUUGGAAUAUGUGCUAUACUGUCCUAUCUGGCUACACCACUCAUUGUGCAAACUGUGAGCAAUAAUUCCGAAAGAAUGCUUCCAUUUAACAUGUGGUUAAAAUUACCAUUAUCGGAAUCACCUUACUACGAACUAAUGUUCGUUUACCAGAUAAUGACUUUUUACUUCAUUGGAAUAUCAUAUUUUUGCUUCGACAAUAUUUUCUGCAUUAUGACCGUACAUCUGGCUGGCCAGUUCCAAAUACUUCGAUACAGAUUCGCGAGAUUGUGCGAUAUAAAAGAUCAAAUAUCCGCAGAGAAAGGCACGGAAUCUAUGCUGUUCGCGCAUGCGCAAACAUUUUACGAGAGAUUCAAAGCUUACGUUCGAUACCAUCAGACGUUGAUCGAUUAUUGCGAGAAAAUUGAGAACGUGUACACUAUGAUUAUACUUGGACAAGUAUUGGUAUUUAGCGUGUUAAUCUGUCUCUUCGGUUAUCAAAUAUUGUUGGUUAGUAUUUCACUUUGCUGUAAAAUCUGCAAUGGAGUAAUAGAGCACAGUGAAAAUAUCGCUAUAGGUGCGUAUUCAGCGUUAUGGACCGUGAUGCCUAUGAACAAAUUUGGGAAAAUGCUUCGAAACGAUCUGAUAAUGGUGAUCGAGCGAUCGAGACGCGUUUGUUGUCUGACCGCGAAUGGAUUUUUCCCUGUAUCGUUGGAAACGUAUACUACAGCUAACGCUCCUUCAGCAAGACGUUCCAUUUUCGUCUUUCUUUUAAUCGGCGCCAUGUCUUUACUGUUCAUGUUCACAUACAGUUGCGACGGUGUGAUAGAACAAAGUGGCAACGUCGCUAUAGGAGCUUACUCAGCACUGUGGACGAUCAUGCCGAUGGACAAAUUUGGGAAAAUGCUUCGAAAAGAUCUGAUAAUGGUGAUCGAGCGAUCGAGACGCGUUUGUUGUCUGACCGCGAAUGGAUUUUUCCCCGUAUCUUUGGAAACCUAUACUACGAUUCUGAGUACCGCGGUAUCUAUCAAUGUACGAACGUACCCAACCAGUUUAUUAAGUGAAAACGAUAUGAGUUUUCUCGAAAACGAUAUAUCCGUCAGCCUGACGUCAAUUUUUAUGAAGCUUGUCGGAUUAUGGAUGGCGGCCAACGAAUACGAACAACGGAUGAGAAACAUCAUGGUUACUUACAACGUGGUCGCCAUUCUUUUCGCUCUGUGGAUACAAACUACAGAUAUAUAUUAUUCGUGGGGAAAUUUUAGCGCUUGCCUCUUCUCCAUGUCCAAUACGCUGUCGUUAAUUCUACCCCUGUUGAAGAUAUUCAUUCUGCUUAGUCACAAAGAAGAUUUUUUCCGUUUGAUCCUGUACAUGCAAAAGAAUUUUUUACGGGGAAAUUACGACGACUACGAAAAGAAAGUCGUGAUCGGUUGCAAGCGGAAAUGCACCUUCUUCAUUUGUUUCUUUACAUUUUUCACAAUGGCGACUAUUGUUUCUUACAUCGCUAGUCCAAUCAUUGCAAAUAUUGGAAAGAACGAGUCGGACAGAGUGCUUCCAUUCAACAUGUGGCUUAACCUACCAAUAAGUAUGACUCCAUAUUUUGAAAUUACGUUCGCAUUACAGGUUUUAUCCCUAUAUCAAAUUGGGGUGAGUUACUUCUGUUUCGACAAUUUUUUGUGCAUUAUGAAUUUACACGUGGCUGGACAAUUUAAAGUGUUGCAAUAUAGAAUUUCCAAUAUAGCAGAUUUGGUAAUUAGAAAAGAAGAGAAAAAAGAGAAAUUAAUUACGGAAUCGUCGUAUUUUUCAAGUAAAUGUUACACCACUUUUAAAAAGUAUAUUCGCCAACAUCAAGCCCUUAUAGCGUAUUGCAGAAAACUUGAAGUGGUAUUCAAUUUGAUUGUCCUAGAGCAAGUUUUGAUGUUCAGCUUGUUAAUUUGCCUCGAUGGAUAUCAAAUACUUAUGGCAAAUGGAGAUAUCAAAACACGUUUAAUCUUCAGUUUGCACAUAUUAGCAUGUCUAUGCCAAUUACUGAUGUUCAGCUACAGCUGUGAUUGCAUUAUACGAGAAAGCGUGAGUGUAGCUACAGCAGCAUACGCAGGACCUUGGACGUUACUACCAAUGACUAUAAGCGGAAAGAUGAUGCGAAAAGAUUUGAUAGUAGUCAUUAUGAGGGCCAGCAUACCUUGUUGCUUGACAGGAAAAGGAUACUUCAUCGUGUCUCUCGAAACAUAUACCAGUGUUUUGAGUACCGCAGCAUCGUAUUUUACACUGUUACGAAACAAUAUAGAAAGUGGGAACGAUAAUUAAUAACGUAAUUAAUAAUACAAGCAUAAAUUUUCUGAUAUAAUAAAUCAACUGAUCGAAUAAGAAAUCUAUCAGUUAAAAUUAUGUGAUUAUUGUUGAGAAUAAAUAUUGUUGA